AUGAGAAUGCCGAGAACAGGGCUUGACGGGAUGGGCGGGGCUUCCGCGAGCGAGGGCUGCUGCGGGGCGGGGGUGCUGCCGUGCGGGUACGCGCUGGCGCCCGGCACGGGAGUGAGCAAGGGCCCGAGGGGCCCUCGGGCGCGACGGUGCGACUACAAGCCCCUGCUCUUGUGCGCCGGCAUCAUAGACGAGAGGGAGCUGGUCGCGCUGGAGGCGCUGGAAUUGCUGUCCAGGGCCGCCGCCCGCAGGGCGGGCACGGCGGCCGCGAGGCAGGCUGAGGAGGCCGGUCGCAGGGACGAGCCGAAGCUGCAGGUGCUGCUCAAGCGGCUCAGGGAUGUCUUUAACCCCCCGGAUGGGCCUCCGCAGCCGCUGCAGCUGGAGUGCCUGGCUGAAGAGUUUGGAGUGGUGCCUCGGCGCCUGCUCAACAUCGUCAGCGUCCUCGAGUCGCUGCAGAUCAUUUCUCGAACGGGGAGAAUGACGUACGAAUGGCGCGCCAAUGGGGACCUGCCGUCUGUGUUGGAGACACUUGCGACAGAUGGGGAGAAAAAAACAGGCCAAGACAGCCCAUCGUGCAGUGCAUCCCUGCAACACCCUUCCCAUCAAGAGGAGGUGUCCCACUGGACUCUGAGCAGGAAGUAUCUGAGACUGCUUCUGACCAAUCAGAAACCCAUCUCUACAUCAAUGGCAGCUGAGUACCUGUGCAAUUCAAAUGGGUGGCACGCCGAUGCAUCAGCCAAAGUGGAGGAGCAGCUGAAGGAGGUUGUCUGCAUACUCACAGAGUUGGGACUGGUGAAGAAGUGUCGAAGGGCGCGUGGCUGUGUUUACAAAUGGAUCGGAUUUGUCGAUGGAAAGAGCAGCACUGCAUGGGACAAGAAGCAAGAAUCCAGCGAGCCGAUCGUUGCAGAGCCUCCAGGUAGCAGAGGCAUUGCAGCAUUCCGUGGUGACAGGGAGCAAGUGCAGCCAGUCAGGCCGGCUCCACAAGCAUUCACCUCUGGCGGCAGUGGUCAGGUGGUGUCUGCCCCUUUCGCCUACAUGCCCAUACAUAUCAUGCCAAACAUGCUGGGCUCCGCCGUGGUGGGCCAGCCAUCUCAAGCCCCUCCAUCCAACAGCAUGGCUCAGACGUUCCAGAGCACACCUACGUUUGGGAGGGUGGAAUACAUGAACGUUCUGCCAGUCUCCUCCACCAUCAAGGCACCCAGCGUGCAUGGCGCGAGCACACCAUCACAUGCUGUGGGUGUGCCCACCUAUAUCCACAGUGCCCAUCCCACCUAUUGUGUACAAGUUGGACAGAGAGACAGCAGUGGAGCUGUCUCAACAACAGGUCAGCCCCUGCCUGGUGCUUCUGCUGCGAUGAAUCCAGGUCUGUUCGUCCAUGCCGUGCAGCAGGCAGUUCCCCAGUCCUGUGAUGACAAGACUCAAGGCUGGGCGAAUGGCAGAAGCCGAAUGGUGGUCAUGCCACCAGCAUCCGCAGGCUCUGCAGCCCCUCUUGGCGUUCCCCAACGGGGCUUUGGCUGGGCUGUUGCAGCGUUCGAUAGACGCAAUGGCAUGCCCACGGGACAUGAAGCGUCCUCUCGCUUUCCUGAGGCUGCCUCAGCUGCAGCAGUGCCAAGAGGAGCGAUGGAAGCGGGACCAGGCUCACCUGCAGCCAAAACGACGCUCAAACAAGGGGUGUUGGAAGGCCAGUAUGGCGGAGGUGGUUCUGCAGUGGUGGUGAUGCCCACAGGGCCACCUGCAACAAAGGUCAGCAGGCAGCCUUCAAAGCGGCAGGACACAAGGGGGGCUGUGCCUGCCCAUGCGCUGGUGUUGCCUCCGUCGUCUGCAGACUAUGCGACACUGAUGGCCCUCCUCGCCAAGGGACAGAAUGGCGAAGCAGGACUUGCAUUCAACAUUCAAGAUGCGUCGAUAGAUGUAGUAUCAGGGCAACGAGCGGAGACUGCGAUGGGUCCCAGGUAG